AUGCCCGAGCAAAUCCUCGCAGGAAAGACAUGCCUCGUCACCGGCGGCGGCGGCGGUCUCGGCAAAGCAAUCGCAGCCCACUUCCUCGAAGCCGGCGCCAACGUGGUCAUCUGCGAUGUGAACGAGGAACGUCUGCAGGAAACCUCGGCCGAGCUGUCACCUAAGGGCCCUUUGAAAGCCAUAAAGACCGACAUCACGCAGACCAGCGAAGUGGAGAGCCUGUUUGAUACGCUCAUUGCUGAAUUUGGCAAGAUCGAUGUCCUGGUCAAUAAUGCCGGUAUCAUGGAUCGCUUUGAUCCGGUCGGUGAUAUGGACAUGGAGAUCUGGGACCGUGUUAUGGCGAUUAAUCUUACUGCACCGGCUUUGUUGAGUAAAUUAGCUGUUCGCAAUAUGCUGGCGCAGGAGAAGCCCGAUGGACGUAUCAUUAACGUCGUUUCUGUUGCUGGCAAGGCUGGGUGGGCUAGUGGCGCUGCUUAUACGGCUAGCAAGCACGGUCUGGUCGGAUUGACUAAGAACACCGCUGCGUACUACGGCAACUUGGGCAUCAAGUGUAAUGCCUUGAUGAUGGGUGCUAUGGAGACCAACAUUGUCGAUGCAUUCAAGACCGGCAUGAAUGAGGAUGGUUGCAACAAGUUACGGACUGUUCUCGAGGCUAUCAAGGCUCCUGCUGUCGAUUUGAAUGAGGUUGCUGGCUUCUGCGUGAACAUGACGUACGGAAAGGGCGCUAGCCAGAUCAACGGCGCGAUGAUUGCUAUCGACAAUGGCUGGACUUCUGUUGUUGGAUGA